GGCGCGUUGAGGACAUCCUCCACGAUGCAAAGCCGGUAGUCAGCCGAACUGCUGCCCCGCCCAGGACCUUGGGGGAAUGACAUCGUUCCCAUCAUGACAAGUAAAUGCUCCAGAGCUCCUAGCCCAUUCCCACUCUCCUUCCGCCUCCACACACUGGCCAGAUACUACAAGAGUUGGAUCUACUAAACAAAAGCAAAGUGGAGGCUCUUCUGAUCUCAGAGUGCAAUCUGUCACAGGAGACAACAUGGAAGCCAUUGCAAAGUUUGAUUUCAGCGCGUCAGGAGAGGAUGAGCUGAGUUUCCGUGCCGGGGAUGUCCUGAAGAUCUUGAGCUCUCAGGAAGAUUGGUACAAGGCAGAGCUGAAGAGUUAUGAAGGUUAUGUCCCAAAGAAUUUUAUAGAUUUUCACAUCCCCAGCUGGUUCCACGAAGGAGUGUCCCGCCAUCAGGCUGAGAAUAAACUCAAGGAGAAGGGAGUUGGCUCUUUCAUUGUCCGAGCCAGCCAGAACUCCCCAGGAGACUUCUCUAUCUCUGUCAGGCAUGAAGAUGAUGUCCAACACUUUAAAGUCAUCAAAGACACAAAGGGCAACUAUUUCUUAUGGAGUGAGAAGUUCCCAUCACUAAAUAAACUUGUGGAGUACUACAAGACUUCUUCCAUCUCCAAACACACACAGAUCUUCCUGAGGGAUGAGACCCAGAAAGAGCAACAGGACAUAUGUGUUCGGAGCCUUGCCAAACGGACACAGGAAGUGCUUCAUCUGAGUGGAGCAGCUGCUAAAGACACUGGAGCACCAGGGCACAAGAAAGAUGGAGACCAUUAUUCACCACGGCUGCCUAAGCAGGACUGGCAUGGCAGGAGCAUGGAUAUUCAAGUUGGGCUACAGAGCCAGAGAUACUAUGGAGAAGGAAAUGCACCAUCCAUGUUCCGAAGGCACACAGAUCCUGAACAGCAACCACUGGACAGGCAUGGCAGGAGCAUGGAUAUUCAAGGUGGGCUACAGAGCCAGAGAAACCAUGGAGAAGGGAAUGCACCAUCUAUGUUCCGAAGGCACACAGAUCCUGCCCAGCAACCACAGCGGACACAGUGGGUCCGUGCCAUGUAUGACUUCGAGGCUGUGGAGUGUGAUGAACUAGGGUUUUUCAACGGAGAUAUCAUAGAAGUCCUGGAUAACUCUGAUGCUUCUUGGUGGAAAGGCUGUCUACGUGGAGAAUUUGGUCUCUUUCCUGCCAACUACGUAGUACCUGUGAAUCCACAUUGUAUGUAACUGUGUGUGUUGUAAUGAGAGUGUUCCAUUAUGUCAGUAACAGAAGAAACCUCCUUAUGUACGUUGGGUGAUACACAGUUUUUACGAUAACUUAUUGGCUGAUUUUCUGCUUGAUAAGCAAGAGAUAAGGAUUGUCAAAUAGA